GCAUCUUUCUUGGUACAAUAUGAGCUAGAAUGUUGCUGCCACAAGAAGAGUACAUCAAACGCUUUGUGAUGGAUAAAAGUUCUCUAGAGAUUUGACAAAAGUACUUGACAGAAAAUAGUUUUUAACAAGAGUGACCAUAUGUGAUGUUCUUCAUGCCAAACAGAAAAUUAUAAUGUAGCACAGCCAUAACUGGGUGAAGUCAUCGAUCCUGUUUGAACUUCAAUCAAGGGCGUAAUUCCAGUGAUUAUACAACAAUGCUCCGGUUUUUUGUUCCUUUCUUUUUGUUGCUGGCUGCUGUCGCAUCCAGCCUGGCCACAGCAAUCAAAAAAAGACCACCUCAAACACUGUCAAGAGGUUGGGGAGAUGAUAUAACAUGGGUACAAACCUAUGAAGAGGGCCUCUAUAAAGCAAGAAAAAGCAACAAGCCAUUAAUGGUUAUCCAUCACUUGGAAGACUGCAAGUACUGUUAUGCACUAAAGAAAGUUUUUGCUGAAAAUGAAGAAAUCCAGGCUAUGGCUGACAAAGAUUUCAUUAUGCUAAAUCUAAUGCACGAAACUGCUGAUAAGAACCUCGCACCUGAUGGCAAAUAUGUACCCCGCAUCAUAUUUGUAGAUCCUUCCUUGACUGUGAGAGCAGAUAUCACAGGGAAGUACUCAAACCGCCUCUAUACAUAUGAACCACAAGAUAUUCAGAUCUUGAUUCACAACAUGCACAAAGCAAAACGUAUGUUACCAGCUGAGCUAUAAGGAAAUGCAGCAAUGCUACUUCAUUUUUACACAAGAGAAUGGCACUGAACUGUUAUUUCUUUGACUUUUACAGUUUCUUUUUAAUUACUUAAUCAGAGUUUCCUUUACUGAGAUGCAAGAAAUGUCUGAACUUUAUGUGGUUCUUAAGUUUUUUUUUGAUUUAAUCAAUAUUCAAUGGCAUGGUGAAUUAAUAAAUUUUUUUAAAUUAUCA